GUGAUGACUGAUAAGCGACGCGAUGUACUCUUUCUUCAUUGUGUGUAAAUGCUUUUGAUAUCCGUCCACAAUCAAGAGGCCAGUCUUGCCUUGGACACAAUCAUAGCGAGUCACAAGAACACGGUUAGAGGAUCGAAGCUCUUGAAAACUUGCCAUGAUAAUCAUUGAACAAAGUGUAUACUGAUAUUCUCAGUAGCCGGCACAACUUUUACAGUUUCUCAGCGUGCCUGGUCACGUGUCAUCGCGAUUUUCGUGCGCAUGCGCCUUGGGCAGAAGAGAUCAGCGAGUGUUCUAGCACGCCGCACUGCGGCCUGAACAGCGAUCACGCGCUGUGGGUGGGACAGUUCAGCAGAGAUGCUGCGGAGGUGCGCCGGGGCGGCGCUGCUGCUGCUGCUGCUGGGAGGUGGCGGCGGGGCGCCGGUGGCGGAGGCUGGGCGAGUGCUGGGCCUCGUGCCCGUGCCUGCCCGCAGCCACUUCAUCGCCUUCGAGAGGCUCUUGAAGGCGCUCGCCGCGCGCGGACACCAGGUGGAUAUGGUGAGCCACUUUCCUCAGAAAGCUCCGUCGCCCAACUACACAGACAUCAGCCUAAGAGGAACUAUGCCAAAUUUCGAAAAUUCAUUCAGUGUUGAAUAUGUCCUCGAGAAACAUUUCUUCAAUCUCAUGCAAUUUAUCUGGCAAGGAAACGUCGACUCCUGCAGAAAGAUGCUGGAGUACCCGCACGUGAAGGAGCUCGUGUCGUCCGGCACGCACUACGACGUGGUGGUGGUGGAGGUGUUCGGGUCGGACUGCGGCUACGGCCUGGCGCACCAGCUGGGCGCGCCGGCGAUCGGGCUGACGACGCUGGCGGGGCUGCCGUGGAUGGACGCGCGCGUGGGCAACCCGAGCCCGCCCAGCCACGUGCCGGUCUCCUUCCUGCCCUUCACGCCGCGCAUGGGCUUCUGGGAGCGCGUGCUCAACGCCGCCGGCCAGCUGUACGCCGUGGUCGGAGAGCGCGUGGUGGGGCACCGCCUCACCGACGCCUUCCUGCAGCGGUACCUGGGCGAGGGCGCGCCUCCGCUCGAGGACCUGCUGCGCAACACGAGCCUCGUCAUGGUCAACAGCCACUUCAGCCUCAACGGCGCGCGCGCCACCGUGCCCGGCUACGUGGAGGUCGGCGGCCUGCACGUCGACUCGCAGCCAGGAGAGCUGCCCGAGGAUCUCCGCGCGUGGGUGGAAGGCGCGGGCGAGGGCGUGGUGCUGGCGACGUUCGGGUCGCUGGUGCAGGCGGAGACGAUGCCGGGCGAGCGGCUGCGCGGCUUCGCGCGGGCGCUGGGGGCGCUGCGGCAACGCGUCGUGUGGAAGGUGGACCCCACGCGCCUGCCCUUCGCGCUGCCGCGCAACGUGCUGCCCGUGGGCUGGGUGCCGCAGCAGGCGCUGCUCAGCCACCCCAACGUGCGCGCGUUCGUGACGCAUGGCGGGCUGGGCGGCGUGCAAGAGGCCGUGUUCUGGGGCGUGCCCAUGGUGGUGGUGCCCUUUUUCACCGACCAGCGCCAGAACGGGCUGCUGCUGCAGGAGCGGGGCGCGGGGCGCGUGGUGUUCUACAAGGACCUCGGAGAGGACAGCCUGCUGGCGGCGCUGGCGGCGGUACUCGACGACCCCAGCUAUCGGGAAAACGCAAGGCGGCUGAGCGAGCAGUUCCGCGACCGGCCGCAGGCGCCGCUGGAGACGGCGGUGUGGUGGACGGAGUACGUGAUGCGGCACCGCGGGGCGCCACACCUGCGCUCCGCCGCCGUGGACCUCACGUGGCCUCAGCUGUGGCUGCUGGACGUGGGGGCGGUGCUGGCGGCCAUCUUGGUGCUGCUCGCUGCUGCCCUCUGGCUAACAAAAGCGUCAGUAUGUGAUAAAACGAAGCAGUUGCUGAAAUAUUAUUUAGAAGAGAUUUCUCCAAAAAAGAAUUUCAAUGAAGUUUUCAAACCUGAAAGAUCAGACUUUUUCACAAAAGACCAAAAAUAUAUUAUUUUCAUUGUUGGCGGAAAGAAUUCGGCCAACCUUCGAGAGACGUAUUUGUUUUGUACUGUUUUUGCCCCCUUCUUCAUUUUGUCUCUGGCGGCCUCUGGUUGCCAGGCUAGUAGUUGUGAAUGCCACCGCGACAGGCGCUGGUGUUGGCCAGCUGGCCGGCCGGCGCGGCGCGGCGCUAGUGUAGCCAGUGCCUUUCACUUCCGGAGUCGAGAGCGGUGGUUAAGACGUUCCUCGCCAGCUGAACACAAGGCAGGGUGUGUGUGGAUGGCGCCGUGGGUGGCGCUGUGGACGGCGCUGGCGGUGGCGAUGGCGCCGGCGCCGGCGAGCGGCGGGCGCGUGCUGGCCGCCUUCCAGCUUAACGCCAAGAGCCACUGGAAGACGCCCGUGCCCAAUUACCGCGACGUGAGCCUGGAGGGCACACUGCCGCCCAUCGUGAACAACGUCACUUUCGACGUGGUGGAGCACUUCGACGUGCGCCUGCUGGUGCGCCUCUUCUGGCAGUUCAACGUGCACGCGUGCGAGCUGGCCCUGAGCAGCGGGCCCGUGCGCCGCCUGCUGGCCGACCCGGCCGAGCGCUUCGACGUCGUCGUCACGGAGGUCUUCAGCGUCGACUGCAUGGCCGGCCUCGCCCACCGCUUCCACGCCCCGCUCUUCACGGACCGCAUGACGCUGUGGGAGCGCGCGAGCAACGCGGCGCUGGGCGCGGCCUACCGCUUUGGCCACUGGUACUUCGAGCGGCAGGCGGACGCCGUGGCGCGGCGGCACGUGGGUGACGACAUGCCUCCGCUGGGCGCGCUGGUGCGCAACACCAGCCUACUGCUCGUCAACAGCCACUUCAGCCUGCACCCUCCCGUGCCCAUGGUGCCCGGUAUCGUCGAGGUGGCCGGCAUGCACCUGGCUGAGCCGCGCCCGCUCCCCAAGGAUCUGCUGCGCUUCGUGGAGGGCGCGGAGGCGGGCGUGGUGGUGUUCUCGCUGGGCUCCAUGAUGCGCUCGGAGACGAUGCCGCCCGCGCUCAUGGGCGCGCUGCUCUUCGCCUUCCGCGCGCUGCCGCAGCGCGUCGUGUGGAAGGUGGGCCGCGAGCCGCCCCCGGGCCUCCACCCCGACAAGUUCUGGACGGCGUCCUGGCUGCCGCAGACGGACCUGCUGCACCACCCGAAGGUGCUGGCCUUCCUGUCGCACGGGGGCCUGCUGAGCGUCCUGGAGGCGGUGGCGGCGGGCGUGCCCCUGGUGGGCAUGCCGCUGCACUCGGACCAGUACGCCAACACACGCGUGUGCGUGCGGCACGGCAUGGCGCUCUCCGUCGACCACACGACGCUCACGGGCGAAGAGCUGCUGCGCGCGCUGCGGGCGGUCAUCCAGGACCCCAGCUACCGCAAGAACGCGAAGCGACUGAGCGAGCAGUUCCGCGACCGGCCGCAGGCGCCGCUAGAGACGGCGGUGUGGUGGACGGAGUACGUGAUGCGGCACCGCGGGGCGCCACACCUGCGCUCCGCCGCCGUGGACCUCGCGUGGCCGCAGCUGUGGCUGCUGGAUGUGGGGGCGGUGCUGGCGGCCAUCUUGGCGAUGCUCGCUAUUUCCUUCUGGCUCAUAGUGCGCGCCCUCACCAACUGCUGCUUCUCAAAACCAAAGAAAGAGGCCAGCAAAGCUAAAAAGGCAAAAUCAAACUGAUUUCCAUCCGUAAUUUGUUUUAUUUUGAAUCGUCUUCGUCAUGUAAAUUGUAGUGCUAAUGCCAAAUCUUGCCGACGUUCAUAACUAGGCAAGCUAAAUUAAUUUUGUUGAUGUAAUCUGCACAAUAUGAUAUAUGCAAUGUGUUAUCGUUAUAUAUAUAUUCACAUUUAUUCACAUUUAUUCAUACUAUUGCUGUGAUAUCUCAAUAGGGUUUGUGCUGGUGAAUUUCGCGGAAGUAAAUUGAAAGACAUUUUUAUGAAUAGAAUACGUCCACUUUAUACGUAAUCAAUGUAUUUUUAUUUAUUUCUGAUAUAAAA